AUGGGCGAAGAGUCGAAAUGUCCUGUGGAUCAUUCUCAGAGGAGUACGUGGAUGGAGAAGAUGGGCAAGCUGACCCCUCAAGUAGAACCGCAAAGUAAUCCUGAAGCAUCAUCCUGCCCCGUUGAUCAUACCGCUAGAUCUAGAUGGUUAAACAGUGUAAAAGUCUCAUCGCAAGGAGCACCAGAGGAUUUGGAAGUUGAGGGCUGCUCCUCUGAUAAGCUCAAAGAAGAACCCGUUCUUGAAACCGCGUCAAACCUUCCGCUAGAUCGAGAGAUAAGUUCGAUUCCUAGGACAGACACAAGAACCAACUGGAUCUAUCCAUCCCAAAAACAAUUCUUUGAGGCAAUGAAAAGAAAAAAGUGGAACCCUGAGGCAAAUGAUAUGCUGACUGUUGUUCCAAUUCACAACCAUGUGAAUGAGCUUGCAUGGAGACAUAUUCUUAAUUGGGAAAGAAGCCACUUGGAAGAAAGCAAGCAGAAGUGCGGUGGGAUAUCCUUAACAAGUUUCAAAGGUGAUCUGAAGAAGCUUACGCCACGUGCGUGGAUAAAGUCUACUCUUCUUGGCCAGGAGAAGCCAUUCGACAGACACGAUUGGACAGUCGACCGGUGUGGGGUGGAGGUGCCUUACGUUCUUGAUUUCUACAGCGCAGGUGAGAAGGGCGGAGUCUUUGUGGAUGUCAGACCAAAGAUCGAUUCAUGGGAAGGCUUUAAGUUGAGGAUUAGCAGAGCUUUGGGGUGGGCAUGA